AAUUCAACUUAUUGUCCUCAGUGGACCCGAAAACUCUAACCAAGUCUAUGACUCUAACAUUAUCAUUAUGUAAAUUAAAGAAGAGUGGUGUCCCUUUAUUAGACCUACUAUAAGAGAACAACAUACUGAAACUAAUCAUCUGAAGAAAAGAUAAAAACCUUUGUUUUUGCCAACAUUUUUUACCAUGAGUGGCAGUUUGGAGAGGAUGGCAGCAGAAGAUAAGCUGACCAAAGAAACUUGGAUGAAGCAGCUGAUGACUCAACAUGUCAGCCGAGCAGACAUGAACAAGCUAAUUAUGAAUUAUCUAGUUACAGAGGGAUUCAAGGAGGCAGCCGAAAAAUUCAGUAUUGAAUCUGGUGUUAGUCCUUCAGUCAAUCUUGAUAGUCUAGAUGAUAGGAUUCGCAUACGCCAAGCCAUUCUGGAUGGACGAAUUAUGGAUGCAAUAGGUCUGAUUAACUCAUUGUACCCUGAGCUGCUGGACAAUGACAGAUAUUUGUUCUUCAGGCUGCAGCAACAACAACUUAUUGAGCUGAUUAAAUGUAAAGAUCUAGAGAAGGCCUUAAGUUAUGCACAGUGCAAGUUGGCAGAAAGAGUGGAAGAAAAUCCAAAUGUUCUUCCAGAGCUAGAGAAAACUCUGGCAUUGCUAGCUUUUGAAAAACCAGAAUCGUCUCCCUUUGGUGAUCUUUUGCACCCUUCCCAGAGACAGAAGGUUGCUAGUGAAGUCAAUGCUGCCAUCUUAGAGACUGAUUCCACUCCACGUCUGGCCAAUCUAUUGAAACUACUUUUGUGGGCACAAGAAGAGUUGGACAAAAGAAAGGUGCCUUUCCCACACAUGACAAAUAUUGCUGAAGGUGUAAUUGAGGAUCCUUGAUUUAGUGAAGAAUGUGUAUUUAUGUAUAUAGUGAAUGAAAUGAAUUACUGUCUGUGUUGAAUAUGUCAUUAUUGGCAAUGCUUUAUUUAGUGGACUUGAUUUCUAUGUAGUUGUGUAAGUCACUUCUGAUACUGUUCUAUUUCAUUGAUUAUGUCAGGAUAUAUAUAUAUAUAAUUAAAAUGGGAUUUUUUUUUAUUUCA